GCUUUUCCCAAUAACAAUCUCGUUUCUGCUCUUGUGUUUUAUCUUUCCAUAUCAAGUCACAAGACUUGUAUAUUAAAAGUCAUGGUGGCCCUCCCCUCCCUCCAUUAUUAUUCUGUCUGUCAAUUUCCAGCAGACGUGGUUAAAUAUCCACAAUCGCCACCCUUUCCCCGACCUGUACGUACCUCCGCCUCAAAAAAUUGAAUAAACAUCUACGGGCUGUUGCUGUACCCUCUCAGCGCAUAUAGUACUGCUACUGUACCGCCAAAAAACAAAACCAAACCCAUUCCUCGACCAGAGUUACCAGAGACAAAGCACAGGGCUUUUCACGCCGUCCUUUGAGUAGCCUGUAUACCACACGACACCCUUUCAGUCAGAGUUUCUCUCUCGCUCGCCUGUUACAGUCGUUACGGCCCAUUCUUGCCCAUCAUGUCAGGACCAGGCACCGCAAGGGCGCAGAUCUUCAACGCAAGAGACCACGCACAUCUGACGCCUUGGCUGGCCGGUCUACAGGCCCAGUGUAUCACGUCCGACAAGACCAUCAGCACCUUCCUGCCUCCUCUGAGCCACGAGAAGCUCCUCGUCUGGUGGAAAGAUCGGAUUGCGGAGGCUACUGGCGGCACGAGGGUGAUCGUGAUGCUGCUUCUUGACUGGGAACCUGGCACGAGGGUGCAGGGAGAUCAUCUGGUUGGUGUCGCCAUGCUGGCAGUGCCGCAUUGGGAGACGGCGCCGUUCCGGGCGACGAUCGAAACCUUGCUGCUCAGCACCAAGUAUCGUCGCAGGGGAGGCGCGACGACUCUGAUCAAGGCUCUGGAGACGCAGGCCCUUCUCAAGGGUAAGACCCUUCUGAUGUGCGAGGUGGAGGACCGAUCCCCAGCCGCGGACCUAUUCAUGCGCCUGAACUACCAGAUGGCCGGCACAGUACCCGGUUACUGCAUCAAUCCGAGCGGUGAGUUGAGAGGUUUCGUCUUCCUCUACAAGAACAUCAAGGGUGCCGGGAACUAGAUGUCCAGACGAUCAUCACCUAGCCCACCCUUAAACAGGGCCAAUUCGUCGUACAGCACGCCAAUUGCUAUUUUUUUUUCUUCUUCUUCCUUCUUUAUCUUUUCUUCCAUUUGGUAUUCCUUUUCCAAGCCAAGCGCCAAGGGAGCGUUUUUGGGGGACCUCCUCGGAUGGAGCGGGCGGCCAAGAAGCGCCCCAAACACGAGCUGACGCUCCGGAUGCAUCGGAUGAGGAAGGCUGGAAACUUUUUCGAGGACGGCAAGAUCUGGACAUAAUUGUGUUGGAGGAUCUACAGUGUCUUUAAUUAGACCUCAACCAUGUCCAGGCUGGGGUGAGGACAGAGAAGGCGAGGGUGGGAUCUGACGGUGCGGUGGGUUGGAUAUCUGACUUGGAAACUUGUAAUAUUAGGUGGAGGGCGAUUAGAAAGUACUAGAUAGAGUUCUGGUGCCCAUACCCAUUAUAGCUAUCUAGAAUUUAUGUAUUAUAACAUUGACUGUUUAAC